AUGCCAACAUGCCUCUCCUACAAGCCUCCAGUCAACAAGGAAUUGGCUAAACAAACGAUGUUCCGCCACAGUCGACGAAUGACAAGGGUACUCAUACAAGAUUGUCACCUGCGACUGAAGAAAUACGCACACAGUGCUGCAAACUUCCGGAUGCUUGUUACGUGCCGGUGUGGUGAAUCGACUGCCGCCACAUUGGAGAACACAUUACUAGCAUUGGGACGAAAGAAACGUGCUAACAGAGAUGCGGAUUUAUCGGUAAAGUUCAUGGCAUUGCAGACCGCACAAGCCCAGGAAACAGAACAAACGACAGUACAUAACCUCUCGUCAAAACAACUUUCUGUGACCCAAACAAAAAAUCUACAACGUGGAUCUGGUUUUAACACAACUGACGCCGACCCGGUCACCUUCAUUGCUUCUUUCGAAUCAGUGCUUCAUCAAACCGGCGCCACAGACGAGGCAAAGGACCUCCUUCGACAUCAAGUCUCCUCGCUUCUCAUGUCACACCGGAAAACCCAUACACCUCUAAGAGAGGAACAAAAGACCCUAAGAGAGCUGAAAGUGUACACCGAAAUAGUUAUUCUGUCUGCUAACAAAGGCCGGUCAACCGUUAUCCUCGACAAGGUAGACUACCGACACAAAGCCCUCCUGCUCCUCAACGAUCAGGAGUCCUAUAAAGUCAGCGACGCCGCCAGUCUAAAGUCUCUAGUGGCAAAGGUUAACAGAAUUCUGGCUCGACUAAAAAAGGACAAGGUCAUCACCGUCAAAGACUGGUAUAUGGCAAAGCCCACAGAAACCACUAUGGCGAGAUUCUACGGUCUUCCAAAAGUACACAAGCCAGAUGUUCCCCUCCGUCCUAUCGUCUCACUCCGAGGCACACCCAUAUACGGGCUUGCAAGCUGA